AUGGAUUUCAAUCCAUUUCAGGACUCUUCAAACUUUGUUGAACUAUUAAAUAGUCAACAAAAUGUUGUCUUCGGUAACGUAGCAGAUACCGUUUCCCUCUCAUCAUCUGAAGUUCCUAAAAAUGUUGGCAAGCCUCCUGCAGAGCGUAAGGAACAAAGGAUCUGGACGCCAACAGAUGACAUAGUGCUUAUCAGCUUGUGGUUAAACACGAGCAAAUACUCCGUUGUUGGGAAUGAGCAAAAGUCAAUCGCCUUCUGGACGCGAGUUACAACAUAUUUCUCGGCUAGUCCUAAGCUUGCGGGCUGUGAAAGACGAGAGGGAUCUCACUGCAAGCAACGUUGGCACAAGCUAAAUGAUCUAGUUUGCAAGUUUUAUGGGGCAUAUGAAGCAGCUACCAGAGAGAAAAGCAGUGGUAUGAACGAGAAUGAUGUUCUAAAAUUAUCCCACGAAAUCUUCUUCUCCAACCAUAAAAGAGUUUCACACUUUAUGGUUGACGUGCUAAAACUGAAAGCAGCUCCAAAAGGAGAAAGUGUGGGGAUGGUUCACGUUCUGCAAGCUCGCAAGUAA